GGUCAAUUUGAUACCACGUGAUGAUUUGCGUAUCCGGAUAUAUGGAGGUAUAUCGUAAACAACAGAAGUGGAGCUAAAGUUGACGAUAUCAUUGACGGGUAUAUACAGAUAUGCACAUUUACAGAUUUCCGGAACAGUAAAGUUUGAUGUAAAUUGCUGACAAAAAUGUCCCAGUGGAAAUCUGUGAAGUUCUCCUUGGACCUUAAGUCGUCCGCUGCCCUACAGCGACAGUUUCUCAGGGAGGUCAAUCGCUACCCUGCCCUUCAUGGGGGCCCACUCCUACUGCAAGCCAUCAACAGAUAUGAAAGGUUCUGGCUGCCUCUUGCUGCCAAAUAUCCCAGAGAACAACUGGCAGCACCCUUGGAUAUAGAAUGGGUGUGGCAUUGUCACAUGUUGGCUCCUCUGAAAUACCAGAAGGAUUCCCACACAAUUGCUGGAUGUAUCGUGGACCACAAGCUCAUGAAUUCAUCCGAAAGAAAAUCCUCACUAGCCAAGUCCCAGCAGUACUGGAGACAGAUGUAUCCAUCUGAGCCAUUUGAGGUUGACUUGCUCGGUUCCCUGGUGGAUCCCAAGCUUCAAGGACCAUUGGUGUCUUCUUAUGACCUUGUCGAUGCUGUGUCAAGACAAAAAGUCUUCUUCUAUCAAAUCUCACUUCCUCAUUACCAUGACCAGAAGUAUUUGGACAUUUGUCAGGAUCGAUACAAGAAGUUUAUCUACUUGAAGCAAAUGAAUCCGGGCAAGUUCAUCGUCCCAUGCUACGACAUUGACUUAAUCUGGCACACACAUCAACUGCACCCUCUUCUGUAUAAGAAGGAUAGUGAAGCACUUCUGGGGAAAACCUUCAACCAUGACGAUACUGUCACUGACCGUUCUGUGGGCUCCAAGCUGUACAACUCGGACAUGGAAACUCGUGAACUUUGGCAAUUAAACUUCAGAGAAGGCUUUGCUAUGUAUGGUGCAAUGUAUCGGGGCAACCCACCUGAUGGAAAACUCCACAACAUGGACAGAGCCGAGAUCUUUGCUGCUGCUACAAAGUCAGCUGUAUUGAAAUUGGAGUCGGUCAAAUUAUCGGGCCUGCCGUCUAGUGUGAAGAAGUUUAAGCUGAAGAUAUCUGCUGCUGCAGACCACAAAGAAAUGCAGACUUUGGCCUCAUUGAAGAGUCCUAACCAGGAAUGGAAAGACAAGAAUCUUGUCAACUACAAAUUUGAGACAAAGUCAACCAAUUGCCUCAAAUUUCGCCUGGAAGAAAGAACAGGCUUUGCUUGCUUCGGCAGCCAGAUGACUUUGGGAGAAAGUAAGUAUCCGAUGCUCUCACAUAUUGAAACUGGAGGAACAACGGCUACUCCACUGAAUGUCAACAUUGACCUUGGGAACAAUCAGCUGAAGGUGAACUUCAAGGGAAGCCUUUCCCCACCAGUUCAGGGGCCAUGCUUGCUGUUCCUUUCCUCUGGUCGCUAUGACAACUGCAUCAUGCCGGAGAAUGUGGAAUCAAUGUGGGGUCCAGUUCCGCUCCCACCUGUAAAGCCUGGGGAAGAAAACAGAUGUGAAGUUGCCACUCAUCAGCUGGUGAACCACACCCAACAAUUAGUGUUCACAGUACGUGUCAUUCACAGUCUUCCACUGCUCACGUCUGCUAUCCAGGUCUUCUAUCACGACAAGAUGGCUGCUGUAGCCCAUCUGGUGGGUUCAGACCAGAUACCUCUCCCAACACAGGUAAAGCAUCCUGACAAGUGUAUAACACUCAACCCCAGGUCAGGCGAGAGAGCCAUCCUCAUCAAGAACAGUGAAGGAGACUGGGGCAUUGUGAAAGGUCGCUGGGGAGGAUACAGAAAAGGAGUGGCAGGGGUCAAAGGAACCAGACAUCAUCGGGGUAAGCGUGGAGUGCCUGGGUGUCCAGGCUACUUGACCUUCAAAUUCUACGACUUACUCCACGGAUCUUCGAAGGAGAUCCAACUUACAGAUUAUCUGCAUCAGAAGUUCUCUUUCAAGUUUGGGUCUCUGUUCAUGGACCUGAAGCAUGGCUAUGUUCGCGUGGAAGAAGACACAAGCCAGAUCCCGGAGCACAUCGCCCUAGCCUUCUCUAUCUCCCUUCUACACGUGCUGUGUCAGCCCCGCUCCUCCGACUGGAAGCCAGGGGAACCUGUUCAGAAGCAAAGCUCAAGGGGAACACAAUCCGUGCAAUACAUCCCGUCGAAUGACAUGGCCUUCAUCAUGGCUGCAGGCUUUAUCACCAUGACACCAUCCAACCACUACAUCUACCACACCUAUGGCGCCAAUGCCUGUGCGGGUUGUGGUGGAGGUGGGAUGGGUGACAUUGAUGGAGUGGACACUGGGGUGGUUGACACGGAUGUUGGGGGUGGCAUGGAUGGAGGAGACAUAGGAUGUGGAGAUGUUGGAGAUACUGGAGGGUGUGGUGGAUGUGGAGGGUGUGGUGGAUGUGGGGGAGGGGGAGGAGGGGGUGGAUGUGGUGGUGGUGACGGCGGUGGAUGUGGGGGUGGGUGCGGUGGUGGGUGUGGAGGAGGGUGUGGCGGAGGAUGUGGAGGCUAGAUGGAAGCAUGAAAUGGAUGAAGAUGAAAAGAUCAAUGCGGUAUGGGAAAAUAUGUUUACAUUAUUUGGUAAAUUAACAGGAAAGAUCUGCAUUUAUUAGAGACCAAGAAUAUUUGACAGCAGAAUUAAAACAUACAUCUCUCAAUAUCUAUAUAUAGUGUUAGCUUUGAGUGGUUUAAUUGUCAGGAAAUGAUUUCCUCAAGGGACAGCAGAUCCAUGUGUUCACAUACUGUUUGUGCAUGAUCAAUACAUGUAAGGGACUGGUGAUCUGUUAUAGGGGAGAGGGGGGCCUGUGAGAUUAGGGGUGCGUUGAGGUUGGGGGGUGAUGUGGGGACACCAGAAUUUAACACAACCAGGUGGUGGGGUGGAUGUCAUGUAAACAUGUUAUGUAUUGGGAAAGGGGGGGGGGGG